CAUCGAAACGGUCGGAGCAGUUCUAACGGGAACACUAUUUCUGGAUGUUUUCCGGUUCAAGCCAUCCCAUCUAGUCAUAGACUUAAGUAAUAGUUUAAGUUUGACUCGCGGAUCGCCCGAGCAUACAUACAUCAACAAAAUGUCGAUGACAUCGCUGGGUAUCAGCACCGGUUUCAUGAUCGGUUACUGUGUCCUUGCCCAGAUAGCUCGUCGUUUCGCCAAACGUUUCGUCGAUCGCGAAGGCAUCGUGCCGGUACUCAUCAAUGAAGCGAUCGCUGCAGCAGAAUUAUGCGCUUGCUGUUUUGAAUUAAUCAUUGUAGCGGAUAAUUUUGGUGUUGCCGCUUAUGCAGUCUUUCUAUUUAUGCUUACCAUUUGGUGGGGCAAAGUAUGGGGUGAUGCUUCGGCAUGUCCAUAUACACACAUGGAAGACCUGGUGGAAGGCAAGACAUCAUUGAAGGAAGUCGCCUUGCGUACAUGGGCCGAAUUAAUGGGCGGCUGUUGUGUCUAUAGGAUAGUUCAAGUCUUUUGGUGGUUCGAAUUUGCCGAAACUCACAAAGGACGCGCCUUUGAGGAAUGCAACGCUGAUUUACAGGUACACCCCUAUCUCGGCGCCGCUAUCGAAGGUUUAGCCACGCUGCUCUGUCGUCUCGCUUCGAAGGCGCUCAGUGAGAAAGAGCCGAAGUUCAGCAACAUCAUUGACUCAUUCAUCGGCACCAGUUUAGUGGUAGCAGCAUUUAACUACUCGGGCGGCUAUUUCAAUCCCGUGCUGGCAACUGCGCUCAAAUGGGGCUGCCGCGGACACACCAAUUUGGAGCACAUCAUUGUCUAUUGGAUUGGAGCAUGUGUUGGCGCGCUGUUGUCAGUGCCGGUUUAUAGAGUGCCAGUCGUCAGACGCUUCCUAGUGGGCGAACACAAAGAGAAGGAAGAAUAGAAUCGUGGCCAGCGAAGUGCCUUUGCCGAGUUGUUGAUACAAUGUAGCAGUUAUUUGUGCACAUCUUUAAAAUUUUCGCACCUGUUUCAUAUUUUAACGUAUAUGUACGUAUAUGAUUUUAUGAUAAAUAUAAUUGGCAUUUUUAAUUUGUUAACACAAAAAGACUUUAGUUAAAUGCAACGAAAAAUACUCGAAUUUUUUGUUAUAGUGUUGAAUACUUCACAGUUGUUACCUUAUAAUUGUUAAAAAAAAAACAUACGUACUUACAUACAUUUUUGUACGUACGUUAAGUUAAUAAAUACAUACAUAAGUAUGAUCAAAUACAAAAUAUGUAAUUUUGUAAA